AUGUUCACUAACUACCAGGUAAACAACUUCAAGAUUCUUGAAGAAGUUGGGUCAGGAGCAUACGGUUUGGUAUUCCAUGUUAUUGAUACCAUAACUUUUAGUGACUUCGCCAUGAAAGUCAUUAUAAAAUCCAGAAUAGAUUGCACAGAAGAUAGGAGGGAUCUACUAACGAUAGAACUUUUGAAAUGUUUCAACAAGUAUGGUGACGAUUACUUAGACAAUAAAAUUUUUUUACCUGCCAUAGAUCUACAUUCCAUCAAAAGUUUAACUCCAGAACAACUAGAACAUAUUCCCCACUAUAAAGAAAUCUCUUUACAAUUAAAAGUGCACGCUCAUAAAAACGUCGUAACCAUCCAUCAAGUACUAGAAAGUGAAUUAGCAACUUUUAUAAUAAUGGAUUAUUAUCCAGUAGAUUUAUUCACUGCUAUUGUCGAUCAAGAAAGAUUUAUUAUGGAUGGUCUACUAGUUAAGCAGGUUUUCCUUCAACUUUGUUCUGCUAUUGCAUAUUGCCAUAAAUUAAAUGUUUACCAUUGUGACAUUAAACCAGAAAAUUUAUUGUUGGAUAAUGACGACAAUUUAGUCAUUUGUGAUUUUGGGCUCGCCACAACUUCGAAGUAUUUGGUUCCAAACGUUUCUGUUGGUAGUUCGUAUUAUAUGGCACCUGAAAGAAUACUAUCCAUUAAUAAUACAAACAAAUUUCUCACUAUGAAUAGUGACAUUUGGUCGCUGGGAAUUAUACUUAUAAAUCUUGUUUGCAUUAGGAAUCCUUGGCUGAAGGCUCAUCAGACCGGAGAUAGUACUUUCAGUUACUUUAUGAGGGAUCAAAGUAUCCUUAUGAAAAUCUUACCGAUAUCAGACGAACUAUUCGAAGUAAUCAAUUCAAUCUUACAAAUAAACCCUAAAAAUAGAGUCUCCAUCAUUGAAAUAAUGAAAAAAGUCUCAAUGGUGAAAAAUUUCACUAGAGAAGGCCCAUUAACUGAUGUACCUCUGAUGGAUGAAAAUGUAUUUUUCAACUGUUUUGCUGCUCCAGUGGAUGAAGUUUCGCCAUGCUUCGCACAACAAAGGCUGGAUGAUUCAGAUGCUACCACAUUAUUUGCUUCGUCAAGUUCUAGUAACAUCCAUCUGAGUGAGUUCAUAACAACUAAGCAGAAAACUAUUACAAAUGCAUAUACGGCUUCAUCCUCCACUUCAUUAGAUACUACUCCAUUUGUCUCUGAUGUAGAAAAUUGCAAUAAACAAUAUUUCCCUAUUCAAGAGAAAUUGUCAUUUCUUUAA